GGCCGAAAGAGGGCUCGUAAGAUUGUGACGCAAUUUCAUAAAGUCAACGAUGCCCUGGCCAUUCUUGAGGAGGACGCGAACCUAAAUUUGGUGGAUAAGGAGGCACACCGCAGUCGGCUUCAAGAAAGUUUGGAGGCACUCGGGGGCCGGGCAGCCUAUCAAUCUGCCUCCCAGCUCUCUGUCUCCUUUCACAGUACGAGCAAGUGGGUCCUCGCCCGCCUACAAGCCAUGGGAAUCAUCAGGAUGCAGAGCGCCCCAUCCUUGUCGCCCUCUCAGCCCUCUCAGAAACCUCGGCUGCUGGAGGUUGGGGCUAUCACCACCACCCUCCUCGAUUGUCCUGCUGUGCAAACUACCGCCAUCGAUCUCCUCUCUCGCCACGCCCGAAUUCAACAAAUCGACUUCUUUCACCUGCCACAACCUCCGCUUUCCACAUUCGAUGUGAUUGUCGCCUCCAUGCUGAUCAAUUCCCUUCCUACCGCUUCUGCCCGGGGCGACUUUCUCCGUCGCUGCCACGCCUAUCUAGAAGCGAGCAAAGGAUAUUUGUUCCUCAUCUUGCCCUCCUCUUGCCUGACCCACUCCAAAUACAUGACUGUGGGAAAAUUCCGCUCACUGGUCACGACACGGGUAGGAUUCGCGGUCGUGGAGGAAAAGUGGACGCCGAAAACGGUUGCUUUUGUGCUGCGCGCGUCUGGAAAAUGCGAUGAGGGAAGACUAACGGCGGGGAGGGAAAAAGUGACGUCUUCGUCCUGGGCAAAAAAGUUUGACAUACUUUUGUGAAUCGUCGGGGGCAAAAAGAUUGGAAGUCAGUCGGGUGUGUAGGCGGAGACAUUGUUUGGGGUCGAGAAGUGAGGGAGGGAUAUGUUCUUCGACGGAUAAUUUGAAAGCGUGUGGCUUGUUACUAUCAAUGUACAGCUCCUCAUAAUUAAUAAUUGGAAAGAAAGCAUUGAAUUCGGCAAAA